AUGAAGGAAAGGCAGCGUUGGCGACCUGACGAGGAUUCUCUAUUGCGUGCUUAUGUGAAGCAAUAUGGCCCUAGAGAAUGGCACCUUGUAUCAGAGCGGAUGAACAUACCUCUAAACAGGGACGCUAAAUCCUGUUUGGAGAGGUGGAAGAACUAUCUUAAACCCGACAUCAAGAAAGGAUCUCUCACAGAAGAAGAGCAGCGUCUUGUUAUCCAUCUUCAGGCUAAGCACGGAAACAAGUGGAAGAAAAUUGCAGCUGAAGUUCCAGGGCGAACAGCCAAGAGGCUCGGGAAGUGGUGGGAAGUUUUUAAAGAAAAACAACAACGAGAACAGAAGGAGAACAAGAAGAUUAUAGAUCCUCUUGAAGAGGGAAAAUACGACCACAUUUUGGAGACAUUUGCUGAGAAGCUUGUGAAAGAGCGUAGUGUUCCAGGAAUGGUAAUGGCUACUUCAAAUGUGGGGUUUAUUCAUGCUGAUGCUCACACUCCUCCUCCGGCAUCACUUCCUCCAUGGCUAGCUAGUUCUAGCACAACCACAACUGUAGGGCCACCAUCCCCAUCAGUGACCUUAAGUCUCUCAUCCUCAACAAUGCCACCAGCACCGGCACCGGCUCCUGCUCCUGCUCCCGUGAUUCCAUGGUUACAGCCUGAUAGAGGGCCUAAUAUUGUCUCUCACGUUCCAAGUAUAUUGCCAUCUCUCGGAAUUGCUCCUUUUGCUGGAGAGAACCAGAUGGUUUCUGAACUUUUGGACUCUUGUCGAGAACUUGAAGAAGGGCAUCGUGCAUUGGCAGCACAUAAGAAAGAAACCUCAUGGAGACUGAAAAGGGUGGAAUUGCAAUUGGAAUCAGAGAAAGCAUGCCGGAGGAGGGAGAAAAUGGAAGAAAUAGAAGCAAAGAUAAGAGCUCUUAGAGAAGAGCAGAAGACUGCUCUAGAUUGCAUUGAAGCUGAGUAUAAGGAACAAUUAGCAGGAUUGAGGAGGGAAGCAGAAGCGAAAGAACAGAAACUGGCCGACCAGUGGGCUGCAAAGCAUUUGCGUCUGACAAAGUUUCUUGAGCAGAUGGGGGGUAGAUCAAUAGUCGAGCCUCAUGGCCGGUAA